UGUACCCCUUUUUGUAUUCCAUAUUUUCAAAUUAAUUCUGAAUAAACAAAUCAAUGGUAUUAAAACAAUUUAGUAAAUACUAACGCUGUGAAAAACAAAUACCAAGCGCCAAAUUAAGUGUGUUUUUCUAAGAACCAAAAAAAUUGACAUACAGACUGCAGAGAAAAGUUUGCGAAAUUAUUGUGAUAUAACAGAAAGUCAUUGUACGAUUUAGCAGCUAAUCAGGAGAAGGAGGAUAACAACAACAAAAAAGUGGCCGUGGAAACACACAAAUUAAUGCUGAUAGAGACGAAUCAGAAGAGAAGAUAACAACACAGAGAAAAAAAAAAGGAUAUGAGGAGGAUAUAAACGAAUGUCAACAUCAAUCGUGGACGUUGGUGUGGCGGUGGUGGCACAUCCAGUAAUAAAUUAUGAAACAAUCAAAGCCAGAAAUGCAUAGCUAAGCAGAAUAAGAACAACGGAUACUUGUCGUUCGUGUUUUUUUUGGGGGUCAUAAAUAGCAACACGUAUUGUCCUUUGUUUGUUUAAAUAAAAAAAAAAACGCCAACAAGCCAAGUAAUUCCAACACACACUCGAACCCAUACAACCUACCUCAAAAUUCAAGCCUGGCAACCAGGCUCUCGAAGUCAAAAGAAAACGCAAAAAAAACAAAAAGGAAACCAAAUCAACAGAGAAAUAUACAAAUAUAAAUAGCCCUAAACGAAAGGCGUCCUCGCAGAGGAGUAGCAGCAACAACAGCAUUCAAUCAAGUUAGCCGGCCAGGCAACAACAACACAUGAGCCCAGCAACCAGCAACAGCAGCAAUUCAAAAAGCCAUAGAGUAGCAAUCAGCCAAACCAACCAGACCGACCGACAGACCAAACAGUCAACCCAACCAACCAUCCAUCCACCAGCCAGCUAGCCAACCAUCUGUAUGGCAUUUUUUUGAGGUUGUUGGUGUUGCUUUAUUAACGUACGACGUUAUGACUUGAAGGCCAGACACAUUAUUCAACCAUCAUCACCAACCAACCAGCCAACAGCAGCAGCAGUAGUAACCUAGCCAAGUGAACCACCAAACAACAACCCAGCAAGCCGGUCAUUUACCAGGAAAACAACAAAAAUCAACCAGAAAAGCCAAAAACUUAACAUAUCUUCUCUCGACAAUCAUUUCAUUUCCAUAUAACUUCAAAAGCCGAAACAACAGCACACGAACAAAAAUUCAACUUUCCUUUGGAGCAGCUAGCCAGCCAGAGCCAAUACACACAGAUACACAACAGGCUACCUACCGGCUACAACAUUCUCCCCUGCUUCUGCUCCCCCAUCCGUUUCCCAACUCAGCAAAACUUGUUAUCAUCGACGUCAUUGGAUAUUUGCCAAAAAAAAGGAGAGAAGAGACCAGCACCACCACCAUUUUCCAUAAAAGGAAACAACGAAAACGACAUAAAACAAGUUUCACCACUGCCCAAAUAUCCAUUCGGCAGCAGCAACAGCAGCAUCUUUGUCCAAACUUUGGUCAUUAACAAAACGACGACGACGACGACAACGAGUGUCCUUUGCUGCUUUUUUUGUGGUCACGACCGGCAAACUUUUAACACGUUUCGUUCGUCGUUCGCCCUAGCAUUGAGUGUGAGAGCAAAGCUCAAAGCAAAAAUAUGUCUACCUCAAUAUUAGCCGCCUUAUCAUCAUCCUCUAAUGGCAAUGGUGGCAGUGGCAACACCACCGAUAAUCAUAAUCCUCCGCCUCCAUCAUCAUCUAAUCGUGAAUUUGUCGAAGGUUGGACAUUGGCUCAGACACUGGGUGAAGGUGCCUAUGGCGAAGUAAAAUUGUUGAUUAAUCGUCAAACCGGUGAAGCUGUUGCUAUGAAAAUGGUCGAUUUGAAAAAACAUUCGGAUGCCAUCAUGUCGGUGCGUAAAGAAAUUUGCAUACAGAAAAUGUUACAGGACCAGCACAUCCUGAGAUUUUUCGGUAAUCGUUCACAUGGUCAUAUUGAAUACAUAUUUCUGGAAUAUGCAGCCGGUGGCGAGCUGUUCGAUCGAAUCGAACCCGAUGUCGGGAUGCCGCAACACGAAGCUCAGCGGUAUUUCACACAGCUCCUGUCCGGUGUCCAGUAUCUGCAUCAACGUGGCAUUACACAUCGUGAUUUGAAACCAGAAAACCUGCUACUAGACGAACAUGACAAUAUCAAGAUAUCCGAUUUUGGAAUGGCCACCAUGUUUAGAUGCAAAGGCAAGGAACGGUUGUUGGAUAAACGCUGUGGCACCCUACCCUAUGUGGCCCCUGAAGUCCUGCUAAAGCCCUAUCAUGCCCAGCCAGCAGAUAUUUGGUCGUGUGGCAUUAUCCUGGUUACAAUGUUGGCUGGUGAAUUGCCGUGGGAUGAACCUUCUGUCCAGUGCCAGGAGUUUAUCAAUUGGAAGGAUAAUGAUCGUUGGUCCACACAAACACCCUGGAGUAAAUUGGAUACAUUGGCUAUUUCCCUGCUGCGCAAAGUGCUGGCCACUAAUCCUAGCCAUCGUCUGACCCUGGACAAAAUUAUGGCCCACAAAUGGUGUCACAUGGAAUUCGCCGAUAAUGAUCGUGCUCGUGACUUGGUCGAUUCCGCAGCAGCCUUGGAGAUACGUUCACCCAAGGCCAAGAGGCCCCGGCAAAUGUCAAGUAAUCACAGUGGCAGUAACAAUCUCGAUGAUUCCAUAUCACGCAACUAUUGCUCACAACCCCUGCCAGUAUUCCGCAAUGAUUUUGAAGCUCCUGCUAAUCCUCAAGAGGUCGAUAACCUCCCCGCCGCAGCACGUGAACAUCGUUUGGGUUUCUGUUUCUCACAACCAGCCAUGUUGGAUGACUUGCUGCUAUGCACCCAAAUGAAUCAAACUCAAUCCGCAUCACAGAAUCUCUUCCAACGUUUGGUGCGACGCAUGACACGAUUCUUUGUCUCGACGCGACACGAUGAUACGCUCAAACGUUUGGUGGCCACCAUCGAAAAACUGGGCUAUACCUAUAAAAUUUGUGAAGAUAAUCUGGUUGUGACCAUCAGUACGAUUGAUAAAUCGAAAUUGAAUUUAGUAUUUAAGGCUCAUCUCAUUGAAAUGGAUGGUAAAAUUCUGUUAGAUUUCCGCCUCUCGAAGGGUUGUGGUUUGGAAUUUAAACGGCGUUUCAUACGAAUCAAACAACUUAUGGAGGAUAUUGUGCAAAAGGGUCCAGUGACAUGGCCCAUAGCCAUUGCAACGAAUUGUGUGCCCUAGAUGAGGGAAGGAGAAAAAUAAGGUUUUUUUUUCGUUUUAUGCUAAGAAGAAUGUAAUGUCUAGAUUUAAACGUUUUUUUGUUUUCUCUCUUCUUUUCUAUUAUUUUUUAAAGAAAAUUUUGUAUUCAUAUAUUCUAUAUUUUCUUAAAGUCUGUCUUAAAUAGAAGGUUCAGAAAAAAUUACUUGCAGAGUGGACUACGAUUUAUGAUAAUUUUUAAGUGACUGUCAACUAAUAAAGUUUAAAAUAUGGACUUUAUAGACAUCAAGGAAGUCAUCUUUACAGGAUCCCAAUGACUUUGCAAACACCCCGAAGAGAGCUCCGAAAGUUAUUUUGACUUGAUCACUGAAGUCGGCCAUGAAGUUUUAUUUAAUAUCCACCAAAAAAAUCUAUUCAGAAAGGUCUCCUUAGAGCCGACAGAAAAGCGCCUUUGUAGAUGAUAAAAAUGGCAUAUUUUAAAAAGACCUCCAUGGUAUCUUUAUAAGCAACUUGAAAGAAGAAUUUUCAGAGAGAUAAGAGGAGUCUUUACAGAAAACAUCUGAGGGAAAUUUAAGGGGCUGUAAUAUUAUUUUCAAAAAAUCAGAAUGCGAAAGAAAAAUUGUUUGUUUUCCAAUUAAAAAAAUUAAAAAAAAAAAACACUCAUAGAAGUGAUGUUUUUUUAGCGUUUAUUUUCUUUUGAUAAGCAGUCGGUUUAUAGACGACCAGAAGAAGUCUUGUAGACAACAGAUGGAGUCUACAUAGACCUACAAGACAUCCUGAAACAUUCUCAAAGGGUGCUUUAGUAGACAACUAAAUCUAGGUAGAAAAACGGGAGGGAUUUUUUUAGGCGAAUAUAUAGGAGUUUUAGACAAGAAAAUAAGAUUAUUUGAACAGAAGCUCAAUAUUUUUUAUAAACGACUGAUACCAAAAGAAAGUCUUGAGACACGAUCUUUAAAAAAACAGAAAAUCAAAAAAGUCUAAGGAUGCAUAUAAUAUCUCGUCCAGAAUCAUCUUUGCAAAAAGCAAAAUUAUUUGUGAUUGACAGGGUGCAAGUUGAGUUAAGAGGAGCCAGUCAAGAAUAUUACAUGCAUAGACGAUUAAAAAUCGAGAACUUAUCUUUACGAUGGAUCAAUUAGUUGUCCGAUAGUCCAGUCUGGAAGUAAUUUGUUUUUAAUUCUGUAAACCCCGUUUUAUUUAUUCAUCAUUGUUCUGAAAUACCUUAGUUAUAGUCCACUAUCUUUUACAAUUCUUCAACGUUAUUCUUUGUGGUUUUCAUUUUAUAUUUCUAUUAUUUAUUGAUUGGUUUAAUGUCACAACCAAUUGGUUCUGCUUGAAUAUAAGAGACAAUUAUUUGUUAGCUUCAAAUGCGAAUAUUGCCGUAUAAUUCUCUCCUAUAUUAUAUUAUUUAAUGUUGAAUAAGGGCAAUUUCUUAUAACCGAUAAAUUCUUUACUUAUAUUUCCCUAAUGUUUAUGUCCAUAAAUGUAUCUGAACUACAGAAAUGCCUUAAAUGUAGACUCGUUGUUUUUUUUUUGUCGUGUACGAAUCUUAUUUAUAUAUAGUGAACUGUGAACAAAUAAAAAAUGUAUUUUUUUAUAAAUAAAAAAAA